AUGUUUCACUUGACUAUUUACUAUUCAUUAUUUAUUCUUAUUCAAACAGUCGUUAGCGAUUCUACGUGUAUAUAUGAUGUUGAAAAUGGUUUACAAUUAGAUAUUCGAACAUUAGGUUUUGCAAAUGAAAGAGGAUCUAAAUAUAAUCAAAUUAUUGAUACAAAUCCUACAACUAAUAGUUUUAGUUGGAACGGAUGUUUUUCAUAUUCUAAAUUUGAUGGUGGUAAUUGUUCAAAUGCUGCCGCAUGUUAUUUCGAUUCAAUAAAAAAUAUAUCAAUUCUUAUUGCUAAACAAGAUACAGUUCAAUUUACAUAUAAUCAAGGUUCAUCUAUACUUUCUUAUGAAACAUCACAUGGAUAUUUAACGGUAUUUUUAAUUUGUCGAGAUACGGAUGAUGAUACAACAAUUGCUCAUCAAGAUGAUACAAAUAUAUAUAAAUUUUAUAUUGAAUCUCGAUGUUGUUGUCCAGGAAUGUGUCAUUAUUCAACACAUACAAUUAGUCGUUUCGUUAUUAUAAUCAUUAUCAUUGUUGUUUUCCUCUUAGGAUAUAUUAUUGGUGGAAUUAUCUUUUUAAGAUAUAAACCUAAAGAAUCGAAUCGUUGUAUGUGUUUAAAUUUCAUGUCAUAUAUGCAGAAUCGAUAUAUUGUUAUUAAUGAUCAGGAAAUAUAA